UCAUGGCUGCGCCAGCGCGUCAUUUGUUCCAGCGCAGUCACCGGCGCGCACGGGGCUCGACGCGCUCCUCCCAAAUCCCGGACGACUCCGUUAUCUGCCCCGUUAUAGUCCUCCAUAACGGAACUUCAGCCGCCGCGACCGAGAGCGUUCCCGGAAUGUGACGCCGACUGAACAAAGACCGAAAGCCCGUUCAGCCCGUUCAUUCGCCGCAGCAAGAAAAGCCUGAAUGCUCUCAAAGUGGUGCAGCAUCUGUUCUUUGGCGGACAGGUGUGCAGUGUGGCUUGACUGAGGCGUGCUUGCUGCGAUGGUGCUGGAUCUGGGGGAGAACUGUAUGGAGCGGGCUGAUGGGGAGGGCAUGGCCACUACUGGCGCAGACGUUCAGGAGUCAGAGCCCAUUUUGGAAAAACCCAAACCUGUCCGGGCCAGAGCCAGAACCAGCAGCAUCACCCAGAGGGACAGACUGCUGCACAAUGGGCCUCAAAUUCAGACUUGUACAUCCACCCUUGGCAAUACGAAGUUGGAGCAAAGGGCGAGGUGUGCAGUGGGAGGAAACAGCAGAGGAGCUGAGCCAUCAGAUGGACCCCGAAGGCCCCUGAGCCUGGAGAUCAAACCCCAGCGCCUUAGAGUCAAUCAUCAUCAGCCUGACAGGAAGGUUGUUCAGCCACCAUGGCGUUGUGGUGCGCCCUCUCCUCCGGUACGAAGCCUGACAAGCCCCAGCCUUGGCCCUGGAGGCUGGAUGCGCCGCAGCGAGAGCACUUGCACAAUGAAUGCCACUGCACCGCCUAGAGCAGGAAAAGGACGAAUGCGACCAGCGACUUCCUUGCCGCACAUCGCCAGGGGAAUCGGGGCCACUCCACUUCCGACACCUUCUACCCCACGUGGACCCUGCCUGCUGGUAGCUCUGCGCCCCACAAAUCUCGAGCAGGAGCGCCAAACCUUUUUCCAGUCGGACUAUAAGUAUGAGCCUCAGUUUGAGUACACGUCCCCAGAGCCCAGCAGCGUGCUUGAAAAGUAUAAGGAAGGCUCAGGUCUCUUUCUUUCCCAGGCAGUUGGUAUAAUGGAGUGUGUAUUGAGGAAGUUUGGUACUUACGAGAACUUUGAAGAAGUUACAGGAGGAAGUGUGCUGCCAAAAAGCAGAGUGUGGUCAACAGCGCGCAAGUACUUACAAAAAGAGGGCUGUGUGGGAGAGGUGGUGGUGUGUCUGUCUGACGAGCUGCUGUCCCAGGCUGUGAUGACGGUGGAGAGCUGUAGGCCAACACUAACAAUCAACUUGUCUGGAGCAAGGCAACACUGGCUAGAAGGGAUGCUGAGACAUGAGAUUGGUACACAUUACUUACGGGGUGUGAAUAACAGUAUGCAGCCAUGGGCCACUGCUGUUGGAAGGAAGCAAUUUGGACUAAAGCCAGCCAAUCCUACAGAGGAGGGGCUGGCCAGCCUUCACAGUGUGUUGUUGCGGAAACAGCCAUUCUUGUGGCGAGCUGCUCUUCUGUACUACACUGUGUACCACGCGGCCAACAUGAGCUUCAGCCAGCUUUUCAGCCAUAUUGCUCGCUUUGUCCAGGAUCCUGCUGUACGCUGGGAGUACUGCCUCCGUGCCAAACGGGGACAAACAGAUACCUCUAAACCAGGCUGCUUCAGUAAAGAUCAGGUUUACCUUGAUGGAAUCCUUAGGAUUUUACGCCACAGGAGAAACAUAGAUUUCAAGAUGUUAACCUCACUGGGAAAGGUGUCCUAUGAGGAUGUGCAGAGACUUCGUCCUUUCGCAGUUCUCCACAAAACGAAGAUUCCUCACUUCAUGCGAGACCAAGAACGUUACCUGCAGCAACUUGACCACAUUGUUACAGUGAACGAACUGAAUGACGCUGAGCUGCAAGAAUUGAUCCCGUGAAACUUCGGGUAGCUGGCUGUUUUGGAGAAAGGAGUCCGAUUUGAACGUCUGUUCCAUUGAUUUUAUAAACACAUUAAUCACAUCAAAACUGAAUUGUUCUGGACAACAAAAAAAAAACGUUUUAUUUUGUGCCUGGAUUAUAAUCAGCAGUCGAGUAUCACACAUAAAAAUAUCAUGCCAGUACCAUAUCCACACAUCUGACAGUUAUGUUGAAUGGAAGGUCGUUUUGGUAGUUUUUUCAUGUUAAUAUCACCUUCGUGUUAAGUCUUCGUUAAAGCUUUUUAAGUGCCAGUAAGUAAACACUUUAUUUGAAGGCUGCCUACAUAGACUUCAAAGCAGAUGCAUAAGUAUUAAUGUAUUUAUAAAGCAAUGCUUGAAUACUUAUGAACGGCUUUUGCCAGUAAUUGCAAGAUGACAUAAGACAUAAGGGCCCUUCAGCUAAAAUGAUGUGUAUUUUUCGCAUUUCUUACUGUUAUGAAGCAUCAUUCACAAGCAAUCAAACUAGGUUAGGACCUUGUAAGUCCUGUUUGUUACAAGGUGUAGUCACCAUGGAUCGGACUUUUUGUUCAAACACAUCCCACAGAUGCUCAAUUAGACUUUGGUCUGGGGAAUUUGGAGGCCAGGGCAACACCCUGAACUCUUCAUCAUGGUUCCUCAAACCAUGCCUGAACAAUGUGAGUAGUGUGGCGGGAUACUGAAAGAUUACCAUUGGAAUACCAUUGCUGUGAAAGGGGUGUAAUUAGUCCACAGCAAUGUUUGUGUAGGUAGCACAGUGUCAAGUUGACAUCCAUGUGAAUGCCCAGACCCAGCAGAACGUUGCACAGAGCAUCACACUCCUUCUGCCAUCUUGUCUUCCUCCCACAUUGCAUCCUGGUGCCAUCACUUGCUCAGGUUAAUGGUCCACAUGAUGUAAAAGAAAAUGGGACUCAUCAGACCAGGUCUUCUUCUUCCAUUGCUACAAGGUCCACUUCUGAUGCACGCCCAUUGUAGGCACUUUCGAGAGUUGACAGGGGUUGGCAUAGGCGCUCUAACCAGUCUGCAGCUACACAGCCUCAUUCGUAUCAGAUUGCGAUGCACUGUGUGUUGUGACAUAUUCCGCUUGUAGCCGUCGUUGUGACUGGCCACAGUAACCCAUCUCUCAGCCCAGACCAAAUAGGAUGGCCUUCUUUGCCCUUGUUCAUCAAUGAGCCUUGGGUGCCGAACACCAUUGCCGAUGGUUUCUGCUUCUUCAUUAAGUAUUCACCACAACUGAACUGGGGCAUGCCACAAACCUUGCCAUUUUGGUGACACUUCAAAUCGUCGCUAUAAUAUUGUGUCUCGUCAGUCGUUCAGGUUUUCACUUCUGCUCAUUAAUCCCACAUCCAAAGUCGACUGUGAGAACCAGCUGUUUGCUUACCAUCUGAUAUAUCCCAGACCUUCACAUGCACCACAAGAUUAUUCACUUCAUCUGUGAGUGGUCAUGUUUUUGCUCUUAGCAUAUAUUCCUAUACAGAAAUAUGUAGUGAUAUAUGGUGUAACUAGGCCUCUGUCUUAUGUUACAUUACUUGAUGCCACAAAUAUUACAUUAUAACAGUGGAAUAAAUUGGGGGUAUUAGUUGUCCAUACUGGCAUUAGUUUUGAUUACUGGCAUAAGCUGUUCAUAAAUACUCUAGUACUGAUUUAUAAAUAUGUUAUUAUGUGCACGUGUAUGUAGGUAGCCUUCACAUGGUGUUACCAAAUAUGUUUACAAAUAGGGAGAUCAUCAAUUUCUCAGAACCCUAUACUUUUAUCACGCGUUUGGAUACUCAUAUGGUCUGAAACCAUAUUUACAUAAACAGAAAAAUUAUAUGCAUAUAAUAGCCUGAUUAUUAGAGGCUAAAGGAGGAUCAAAGGUAUCUUAACUGCUUUGGCAAGGCUUUUCUUUUUAUAUUUUGGUUCUCAUAAUAUUUAAGCGAAAAUUGUCACUGACAAGCCAGAAGUAUUAAGCACUGAUUUACAUAUCUCUGGCCACAAUGUAUUUGUAAACACUUCUUUCCCCACUUGUGAUCACCGCCAACAGAGCACUGCAUUUAGUGUAGUUCCUGUGAUGCUGUUUUAGAACACUGCUAGUGCUUUUUAAACCACUGUAAGUAUAUAAGUAUUUAUGCAAGUAUUUAUUCUUAUUUAUUUACCUCUCGUAUUCAUAAUGAAAACUGAAUGUUUUUGGUUUUAGCUUUAUAAAACUCCAUUAGUGGAGUAUGUCGUUGUACGCCUUAGUAUUACAAAAGGACACCAAGGAUGUUCAACAAAAAGCCCCAAGGAAAGUGUCCAGAUGGCCACACGAACUAUGAUUGUUCAAAUAGUAUAAAAAAAAAACCCACCACCAAGUGCAAUUGACUUUUGACCGUAUUGAGACACUAUUUUAUAUUAUUUAAGGACCUAGAAGAGGCAAUUAGAUAUAGUUAAAUAAGGAUAGACAACAAGACUGUUCUUUUUGGAGCACCCUUGGUGGACUUCAUUACCCGCUGUAAUGUGACGUGACCACCCGUGUAGGCCAGUUACCACUGCAACCUCUGCUCUCUAUGCCUGUACAGAACAGCCAAAACUGGCCGGUCGCCUGCAGCUCCCUAAGUGUUGUACAUUUCUAACGGGAGAAUGAUGGACUCAGGAAGAGAUAUGGGGAGGUGAUGUGGAUGUGCCUUAGAUGGGUUGAGAACUCAUCUGUAGUGGCUGUUUGUAAAAUGCUUGAAUUUACAUAUACAAUUCUGUAGUAGUCAUCUUCUAUACUGCACGAAUAUUGCACAGUUCAUGUUCCUCAAAUAAUUGGAAAUCUUCAGUUAUUAAAAGUGGUAUACUAAAGUCA